UUUUGCUCAUGUAAACAAGUCGUGGUUUUUUCUUUUCGCGGAGAUUUGUACGGAAAUUAUCAGUAACACAGAACGGAAAAUUGUUACCCGUAUCUCUAAUCAUUUCAAAAACUGCUACGCGUGUUCAUUAUGAGAAUAGCUAAUUAAACAGAUUUAUAAAAAUGGCUGCUGACGUAUUGAUGGCAUUCUUACCUUGUGAAGUUAUUGAGUACAUUCUUGAGAGUGAUAAUAUUAAAAUUAAGGAUGUCAUAAAUUUUGGAAUGACUUGCAAACAUGCGUAUAGGUCUGUGACUAAUAGUAAUAAACUGUGGAGGACUAAAUUCUUUCAAAGGUGGUCAGCUCUGAAAGAAACUUACGAAAAACUCGACAAAGAUGAGUAUAAAGUGUCGGAUUGGAUGGAGGAGUUUCGCAGUUGUUUGGAAAGCCGAAAGAAAUUAAUGGUGGAACUAUCCCAAAUGUCUAUGAACCACUACAAACAACAGGAGCUUUCCCACAGUGGUUUAGAAAAUUUCGAGCCACUCUUCCGUUCCGAAUUGGGAGCCCACCCUAUGGCCUACCAUUUCCUUAUCGACGAACUUAUUCAAUUAAUAGAGCGUCCAGUUUUGGAGUGCAAUCUGACACACAAACAUUAUGCGUACAAAGUCAUAAGAUAUUUGCGUCAGUGUCACUUGGCGGAUGAAUGGGCAAAAUUUCUAAAUCUUCCCGUAGAAUGCCAAACCCUGGAAAAAGGAGCGGUCCUUGUGUCUCAGUGGAGUCAGCCAGAGAGACGUGUCUCCUACCCAUACGUCGCCUCAAUGUUGGACAGCAUCGCUGAUUAUACCAAGCAGUUGAUCAAAGAGAAACACCCGACUCACCCAAUUCUCAGUCAAUCGCAGGACAUUUUCAACCAGUGGAAGGAAAAAAAUAUAAGCGAUAAUCAGUGGAGUUCUAGGGACACUCGGCAGGUCAUGACUGCACUCUGUGAAGUCAUGUUUGAUCGGAUGCUAUUCCAUGGAAACAGUGAGAUGUACUACUCAUCAGAAAACUCUUUCAUCGAUCGAGUUUUAGAGAAUAGACGAGGAAUUCCAAUAACACUUGCAAUAGUAUUCGAGAGUGCAGCCAGACGAUUGGGGGUGCGUUGCGAAGCAGUAUCUUUUCCAGCCCACUUCCUUCUUCGUUGGAAAGAGAAAUAUAAUGUUCCUGAGGACGAGGAGGUUGAGAGUUUCUACAUUGAUGUAUUCAAUAGCGGUCAAUUUUUAACGAAAAACAGUUGUCCGAGAAUAGGUGGAGUGUCGAAAUGUCCCAUUGAGAGGUAUAAUGUUCAUAAUGGAGCGACUGCUGUGGAGGUGGUACAGAGAAUGGCGAAUAAUCUAGAAGUUGCUGGUAGACAGCGGACACAUUUGAAUGGUCGGGCUGCACGUUUGCGCUCUGCUCUGGAGCUUCUGCACCUUGUCAGACCUUACGAUACAUCUACGAUUCUCCACUUAGCGAGAUUCUACAUUCUACAUCAGAUGGAUUUGAUGGAGUUGGUUCAAGUGCUGAAUAGCAUACAAAAAAAUCUUGAAGUAACAUCUCGAGGCCAGGCAAAUCAUAUUCUACAGAUGCUUCAGGACUACGAAAGGCACAUGAAAGUCAUCCCCGAGGAUGAUCUAAGUCCUAAAAUUCGCACUCCCGCAGUUAAAUACACAAUUGGGAUGAUAAUGAAGCACAGGACGUACGAUUAUUCCUGUGUAAUAUCAGGAUGGGAUAAAAAGUGUGAGGCCUCCCCGGAAUGGAUGAAUGAAAUGGGUAUUGAUGAACUAGCCGACGGAGCCAAUCAACCGUUUUAUUAUUUAUUCGUGGACGAUGGAUCUUCGCGUUAUGCAGCUCAAGAGAAUUUAAUCAUUGCACCAACACCCAAAUGGAUUAAUCACGAUGAAGUUGGUCGAUAUUUUUAUAAAUUCUGUGGUGCGUACUAUCUGCCAAAUGCAGAGAAGGAGAGGGAGUACCCGGAGGAUGGGAAAGUCAGGGACCAGCUCUUAGGAAUUCAACAGUAAGAUGAACAUUACUAGGGAAUGAUAGAUAUACCAGGGUAAUCGUACUCCGAAAACUUUAAAAAUUCGGCUUUCAUUGUCCAGACAACAGAUGAGGAUUUGAUGUUUUCCAUGUUUUCCUGAAUAAAAUCGUAAUAAUUAAAUCAAGAGGAGCUUCAGCAAAAAAAAAUCAUGACAUUUGUUUCAAAUCUCUACAAAAUAUUCAUAAUCAUCUCAUGGUCGUCAUUGCGUGGACAAUUUUCUCUCAUUUUCAUUACCUUUGCAUCGACGUUAUUAAUAAUCCGAGGUGUUUCUUAUACAUGGGACUACAUGAAUUUUUUCAUCGGUAAUGAAAGGACUUGAUUCAAGGGGAUUAGUUCAAUCUACCAAAACGAAUAUAAAAUCAAAGCCUUGUUGUCAAUUGUAGGAAAUGGUCUAUUAUGAUGACAUUUUCCGUUAAGUAUAACUUAUGGAUUUUUCAGGUUUCUCUUUAAACAAAAAUAUAUGUUUCAAUAGCUCUACACUAAAUUUUACUGAAUACCGAUAUUACUUGUAAGAUUUCUUUGUUAUAAAUAAAUGGGUCAUUCGAGGACGACUAGAGGAGUUGUCUUGGGAUGAUGAUAAACCCCAGAAUAUCUAUCCUCUGUUGAACUACUGAGAAUGGUGUGAGAUGGGAAAAACAUUUCGCUUCGAGAAUAUUUGCCGUGAACAGCUAAAUAAUUUUUUGUAUUCAAUAUUGUUAUGCCUUAACCUUUUGCAAAUUUCAUCAGUAUUAAUAAUCGAACAAUAUUAACCUGAAGAUUUGGUCGCAGUUUUGAGGUGUUUUUUUAUGGUGAGGUAUUGGUAAAUGUUGAGUAUAGAAAGUUUUUAGUUUGUAAAAAACAAAGCAUUCAUAUCGAGAUGUUUCAUCCGUCUGCAGCCGUUCCACUUGGAAUGGACAAUAGAUAAAAGAGAUACCUUUAUUUGUAUCAUUUAACAUUUACUAGAAUUCUCUACACGGUAUAUUACUAACAAUAAAUAUUAUUAUGAUAUUAAUUGUGUAAGACACCUACUCCACUCAUUGUAUAUUGUUGACUCAAAACGAGAGAAAUUCCUUUGGAGGUACUGAAAGUGUAAAUACCAAUUAAUAAAGGUUCUUUCUAUAUGGAAAUUGAGUGGAAAGAUAAUCAUAUAAAAUAUAUAAUCAAUCAAGUCAUAGUGAAUUUUUUGAAAGUACUUGAAAAGUUCAUAAAUAUAUUUAGUUGAGGAAAAAAUGAGCGAAUGAAAGCGACAGGUUGAUUUGUUUUCUCAUUAUAUUAUCUAUUUGUAAUAAUUUUACUUUAAAUUUUCGCUUCCCUACAUUUGAAAAUAAAUAGGCAAGGUAUCUAAUCUUGAAUAUUGAAGAA